CCAUGGCGGAGGGCGGCGGCCCCCAUGGGCGGGCCGGGCCGGGGCCCGCAGGUCCUAAUUUGAAGGAGUGGCUGAGGGAGCAGUUUUGUGACCAUCCGCUGGAGCACUGUGAGGACACGAGACUCCAUGAUGCAGCCUACGUGGGGGACCUGCAGACCCUCAGGAGCCUGCUGCAGGAGGAGAGCUACCGGAGCCGCAUCAACGAAAAGUCUGUCUGGUGCUGUGGCUGGCUCCCCUGCACGCCGCUGAGAAUCGCGGCCACCGCAGGCCAUGGCAACUGUGUGGACUUCCUGAUCCGGAAAGGGGCCGAGGUGGAUCUCGUGGACGUGAAAGGACAGACCGCCCUGUACGUGGCUGUGGUGAAUGGACACCUGGAGAGCGCUCAGAUCCUCCUGGAAGCUGGCGCUGACCCCAACGGCAGCCGGCACCACCGCAGCACCCCUGUGUACCAUGCCUCGCGUGUGGGCCGGGCCGACCUCCUGCAGGCCCUCAUCAGGUAUGGGGCUGACGUCGACGUCAACCACCACCUGACUCCUGACAUCCGGCCCCCUUUCUCCCGGCGCCUCACCUCCCUGGUGGUCUGCCCCUUGUAUAUCAGCGCGGCCUACCACAACCUCCAGUGCUUCAAGCUGCUUCUCCAGGCGGGGGCGAACCCUGACUUCAACUGCAAUGGUCCCGUCAACACGCAGGGCUUCUACCGGGGCUCCCCCGGGUGUGUCAUGGAUGCUGUCCUGCGUCAUGGCUGUGAGGCAGCCUUCGUGAGUCUGCUUGUUGAGUUUGGAGCCAACCUGAACCUGGUGAAGUGGGAAUCCUUGGGCCCAGAGUCAAGAGGCAGAAGGAAGGUGGACCCCGAGGCGCUGCAGGUCUUUAAAGAGGCCAGAAGUGUCCCCAGGACCUUGCUGAGUCUGUGCCGUGUGGCCGUGAGAAGAGCUCUUGGCAAAUACCGACUCCAUCUGAUUCCCUUGCUGCCUCUGCCAGACCCCAUAAAAAAGUUUCUGCUUUAUGAGUAGAAUUCAAGCGUGGCGGUUGCUUGCAGUGAGGAGGAAGGUGAUCUGCAGUGAAAGUUGACACCUCUUCUUGCCCUUGUGAACCACAUCCUGUCUGUGCUGCUGACAGAAUCCCAUUUGGCUGUUGGUGAAGCAGAAGUGGCCUUUUUCUCAUGGAUUGUAAUUCCAUCUCAGGUGCUCGGGGCAUUGGACAGUCCUGGGGUCGUUGUCAGCUGAAAAGUCCAUACAAAACUUCAUUUUGUCCUUCCUCAGUAUCUCUGUUUUGGAUUCUCAUGGUAGCAUGUUCACGAAGUGGGCCUUGUGGUGUGUGUACGUAUGGUCUGAGUUGGCCUGCUCAUAGCUCCAGCGGGGAGGACACCUAGCACUUUCCAGAACUGUGCUUCUGUUUAUAUUUUUACUUCUCAAGUUCAUUGUUUGAUUAAAGCCUUCUAAUACCUAAAUGAAAAGAGAGUUUUGGUA